UCAGGGGAGACCGGAUAUAGUGAAUGCAGGGUCCGGGGAGACCGGAUAUAGUGAAUGCAGGGUCCGGGGAGAGUGGAUAUAGUGAAUGCAGGGUCUGGGGAGACCAGAUAUAGUGAAUGCAGGGUCCGGGGAGACCAGAUAUAGUGAAUGCAGGGUCUGGGGAGAGCGGAUAUAGUGAAUGCAGGGUCUGGGGAGAGCGGAUAUAGUGAAUGCAGGGUCUGGGGAGAGCAGAUAUAGUGAAUGCAGGGUCUGGGGAGAGCAGAUAUAGUGAAUGCAGGGGUCCGGGGAGAGCAGAUAUAGUGAAUGCAGGGUCCGGGGAGACCAGAUAUAGUGGAUGCAGGGUCCGGGGAGAGCGGAUAUAGUGAAUGCA